AUGAAGCUGCAGAUUCUUCUAUGCCUCUUCCUGACAACACUGGUUCUCCCAUUUUCUGAAGGCCAUGGAGCUCAACAGAUCAAGCACUACAGUCACUGGACCUCUUUCCUAAAUCCUGGUGUUCAAAACAAUCUUCCUCCUGUGAAGCAUGAGGCUCUCGUGGUUCCUGAUGAUGAUUUGGAAAACCAGAAAUCUUUUUGCCAAGCAGGUUGUCGAGAUGGCUGGAUAAGUUACACGGAUCACUGCUACAUGUAUGUUCAGGAGCAACUACCAUGGGCAGAAGCUGAGAGAUCUUGCCAUGGCUUAGCCCCAGGUGGACACCUGACAAGCAUCUCAAGUGCCGAACACAAUGCCUUUCUGGUGAAUAUGGCCACUUACCAAGCAAGAAAGCCAGGCCAGUGCUGGACAGGAGGAAACCAGCAAAAGGGUAAUAAUCUUCAAUGGACAGAUGGCACUGCGGCAAAUUUCAUUCAGCGUCCACUAAGUUCAAUUUUUCAUAUUAUUGGGGGAACACUUAAUCAAAUCCUAUCCCUGAAUAUUCACCUCUGCUUGAAUAUCAAUAUAGGAGGCCAUGGUCAGUGGGAUGGUACCAACUGCCAAAAGAAGCUACCUUUUAUCUGCAGCUACAAACCAUAUUUGGCAGUGCCAUAA